AUGCAGGGAUAUUCAGACUCGGCUACAGAAGAAGAUGUCUUCUCCCAAAUGGAGGAACCAGGGGAGAGCAGACUGGCCAAGCACAUCCAAGAUUUAAUGUUUGGACCCAAAGGACGGCGCAAAUUCCCCAAACAUGAAUACAAACCCACAGGCUGUAUAGAUUACGAGAUUCUAGGGGACGCUGUCAGCUCGGCUCACAAACCUCCUCCCUGGCUGACGGACCAGGUGAAACCAGCAGGAGGUCCAUCGGAAAAGAAAGCCAAAGGAAGUGUAUUUCGAAGACCCAGACAAGUGGCGGAAGAGAAAGUCAAAGAACGUCGCGACAGAUACUCGGAGUACAACAGGAUCAUUACUAGCAACCCCUACAAGAAAAUCGCCUUCAAUAACAGCCAGAUGCUCCGGGACAUGAUCCCCCAAUGGUGCCAAGACAGACUGCGGACAGCCUGCAGGUCGGCUAGAUUUGAACUUCCCUUCGACAAGACUAUUCUGGAAAACAUCACCCCACUCCAGUUCCUAGCCAGGUACACCCGCUUGUACAGGGAACAAAGGAGACGGUACUCCCUCAUUUUUCAGAAACACAAGUCUAAGCUCAAUGACUAUAUCGAAUACCAGAACUUAUUCCCAGCCCUGAACACGAUGUUUGGCAUGUACCUCAGUAAAGAGAACUUUGACAUUCUCUGCACGGCUCUCUUCAUUGACCGCCAGACCUCCCUGGACGAGACCACGUUUGUGGGUGUGUGUACCUUCGCCGAUCGGUUGUUCUGGACCUCCUACCUGGAGCAUCUCGAAAGGGACACAUUUACGUUCCUAGGCCCCAACAGGUCUGUUCUGGAGUACGCCGACUUUGAAAACCUCAAGCGCAAAAUCGACGGACUUCAAUUGUCCAGAGAGAUGUACUACCUCCUAUACUCCUUAGCCUGA